CGAUUCCGGUCCGCGUAUUUUUACGUGGACUUCACGGCAUUGCGUCACGUUGAUGAAUUUGAAGAGAUGCUACCGAGAGGCGCAUCCGUCCGCUCAUGAUAAACAAAUCUGCGCCAGUCACUUGAAUUUGCGCGAACGCCGCUUGGGAAUUAACGGUAACGGGGAGUUUAAAGAGGCGGUAUAUUAAAUAGAUAACGUAACCGAGGUGGAUCGCAUCGGCGCGUGUGUGUAUAUGUAUGUGUACACACACACACACACACACACACGGUUAUACUCAGGUGGGCCAAACGUUUUGCGCGUGGCGUCGGUGAUAUAACCCCGGUUCGCGCGGCUCGGGAUGAUCGGUGAGGCUCAUGAACUCGCUCUUCCGUUCGAUAUCCGCACCAUCCCGGGGUGUGACGGAUAGACACGGGUCCGCCGCCGCCGCUGCGCCCAUGGCGGGUCCCGCAUUCACCGGAGCGCACGGGACCUGGAUCGCAUCCCGGCUGCGGGAGGACGCGUCGUCUUCCUCGUCGCUGUCGUCGUCGUCGUCGUCCGCGGAGAAACCGCGCAAACGGAGAGCCUUUAACCUAGUCAAACUGCGGCAGCCCACCGCCCCCGGUAACAACAACACGCCGUUUGUGAUCUCCGGUCACAUCAAGCACAUCUGCAGUAACUGCAGCCGCGGGAAUGACAUCCGUGACGCAGAGGGCGCCGAGCGGCUGGCGGCCAUGCGCUCCGAUUCGCUGGUCCCCGGGACGCACACGCCGCCCAUCCGCAGACGCAGCAAGCUGGCCAGCCUGGGACGCCUCUUCAAGCCCUGGAAGUGGAGAAAGAAGAAGAGCGACAAGUUCAAGCAGACGUCCGCAGUGCUGGAGAGGAAGAUGUCCACGCGGCAGAGCAGAGAAGAGCUCAUCAAGAGGGGCGUGCUGAAGGAAGUGUACGAGAAAGAGGAGGUCAGCGUCGACGGCGGUCGUGUGUGUGUGAGUGAUCUGGACAGACAGACGGUCAUCAGUCCGGUGUCAGAGUCUGCAGACGGCAGCGUCACGGCGGCAGUGUCGUUCUCAGAGGUCCAGUCGUCUGGAGAAACUGUGGCGUGUCUCUCGGAUCUCGUCCCAAAGCCAUCUCAAGCCCCGCCCUCUGUGAAGCCCGCGCCGUUGCCUAGCGACAGCGCCGACAUGGCUCACGUGAGGCCGUCGUCGCUGAAGCAGCCUCCUGCCUUACCGCCGAAGCCAUACAGCCGUAUCCCCAACCACCUGACAGGUGAGGCCCGCCGCUCCUCGUAUCCCACAAUCCCCGGCUCAGGGAGCCAAACUCUGUUACUGCAGGUGCCAUCUGUCCUGAUGGAGACGGAAGAGGAGAAGGAGAACAGAGAUUCAAUGCACCAAACUCCCGCCAACACACACACACUCAUCACACACACUUUCAGCACGCACGAGGAAGAGGACGAGGAAGAGGAGGACGAUGACGACUCGCUGUUUACAAGUACACUUGCGUUAAGGAUCUUACGGAAAGAUUCGCUGGCGAUCAAACUGAGCAAUCGCCCGUCGAAGAGAGAACUGGAGGAUAAAAACAUCCUGCCCAUGAUGACUGACCAGGAGCGACUAGAGUCCAGACAGCAGAUCGGAACCAAACUCACCCGUCGCCUGAGCCAGAGGCCGUCGGCGGAAGAGCUGGAGCAGAGGAACAUCCUCAAACCGAGGAACGAGCAGGAGGAGCUGGAGGAGAAGCGCGAGCUGAAGAAGCGCCUUUCCAGGAAGUUGAGUCAGAGGCCCACCGUAGAGGAGCUCAGAGAGGCCAAAAUUCUCAUCCGCUUCAGCGAUUACGUGGAAGUGGCAGAAGCUCAGGAUUACGACCGGCGCGCCGACAAACCCUGGACCAGACUCACUGCUGCGGAUAAGGCUGCCAUACGCAAAGAGCUCAACGAGUUCAAAAGCACAGAGAUGGAGGUGCAUGAGUCCAGUCGACAUCUAACCAGGUUCCACCGGCCGUAGAGCCGCUUCGGUCCGUCUCCGAGCUCUCUCUCCGUCUCUGGUUGGUCUCUGACGACCCGAACAGACUCUCUGCUGCUGGUUUUGUUCAGGAAUCCCUCGCAGCGGAUCCGAGCUGAUCCCGCUGGACUCUCAGCGGCGGCCCGGCGGACACCAGCGAGCCGACGAUCUGUCUGUGUGCCGAUCUUUCUGUAUAUUUUGACGAAAACCGAUCUCUUUCGUGCUCUUCGCCAUGAAUUCCUCUUCUUUUUUUCUCCCCCCCCGCCCCGGCGAUUAGUUUUUAACGCAGCAGAUGAUGUAGUUGAUUUUAUACCUGUAACUGAUGAAGCUAUUCCAGUCCUUUUAGUUUUCGGGGGAACACGAAGGAAGCGACUUUUCUAAAACCACACUAUUUCACGCCGAUUUGAACCGCUUUGGAAGAAAUAGGGGAAGAUUAGCUGGCAGUGCGCUCACCCUCAGGUUAUUAAAGAUGCGGAUGAGGAGUGUUUUUCCAUCAGAUCUGGAGAAAGCGGUCUCGGCAAUGGAUGUGAAUGGGUGCCGUCAGAACGAGAGUCCGGACAGCUGAUUAAAAACAUCACAAUAAUACACACCCUCUCCGGGAGAAAGAAACAAAUCCAGCAUUAACUCGCAUUUAGCUUCAAACUAGUGCAUCCGGCCAAAAUAUGAGUCCAUGAGAAGCAUCAUUAUGGACUUCUAUUUUAAAACAAUUGAUUCGUUUCUUUAGUCGCCUCCAGAUGUGAACUGAUGGACUGGAGGGGUGUUUGGACUCUUAUUCUGACGGCACCCAUUCACUUCAGACACUGAUGCAGUGCUACAUUUCUCCAGCACUGAUGAAGAAACGCCGGCAUCUUAAUUAUUCCCCUUCGGAUAAACUACUCACAUUUCCGGCUUAUUUUUAAUCCAUUGCUAUUACGUAUUUAUUUUCGAUCACUUCCUUCAUUCCCUGGGAGUCGAACCCGUGACGUCGGCUGCUGUUUGUGCCAUGUAUAAGUCACAGAGCCCAAGAACAUUUUUAACCAAUCACAAAAAAACACACGUCUGCCACGCCCACCACACCGACCAAUCACAGGAGACGACGCGGUUGAGCGACAGGACCGAGCAAUAACGCGUCGAGAGGGACUGAUUGUUCACGAGUCCUGUUGAGUGUUUUCAGACCGGCUUUUUGUUCAUUGGUGCUCAGCUGUCAUGUGAUCGAGUGUUGGGCGACCCUUUAAGCUCCGCCCACUUUGCAGGGCGUCACAUUGCCAAAAUAAAACCAAAACAGUGAAGGGAAUCACAAUGA